CUCAUCUGAAAAAUGGGAACAAAGUGAUUGUUCCUGUUCUCUUUCUUAAGUCACUUCAAAUGCUGUCUGCUGUGUUGGAGACUCAUUGUCCAGAGCACGGGGCAAGCGACAGGCACGUGAUGGACAAAUCCAUAAUUUAUGGUGAAAGAAAGAACCCAACUGACACAAAUCUGAGGACUUGUCCAGACCCAUAACCACAACAGCUUUCUACCUGAGAGGUUCUUUUAUUUGCAGAUCAGCUAUUCAACCCUCUCAAUAUGGACCCCAAUGGUUACAAGCCCAAAAGGGCAGAUGAUUCCAUUACCAGAACUGUUGACCUCUCCCAUCUUCCCUACCCUAUUGCUCAACCUGUCCCUACCAAACCUCUACCACACAAAUAUAUCCCGGAGAUGAUUGAUCUCAACAAGCUUCAGUUUCAUAGAGUCCUGGGCAGAUAUGAUACAGUGCAGGUCAAACAAGAAACAGUAAAACCCAUGCCAAUAUGGCCUUCAUCCCAUCUUCUCCUGCACCCUCCUUCUCCAUACUUCCCACCCCUCCGUCCAAGUUUGGUCCCUUUCCCAUUCCUCAUGCCAGGCCCAGUCAUGCACCUUUCUGCCAAUUCCUUCUACCAACACGAAGUGCCAAGAUACUACAGAAGAGGCACAGACGGCACCAGAGCUGGGCUGAGCAGUGCUGAAAAGUUUGGCCUGAACAUCCACAUAGAUGACAGCUACUAUGUGGAUGUAGGAGGUGAACAGAAGCGCUGGAAGUGCCGCAUGUGUGAGAAGUCCUACACUUCUAAGUACAACCUUGUCACGCACAUCCUGGGCCAUAGUGGCAUCAAGCCACAUGGCUGUGGCCUCUGUGGGAAGCUUUUCAAGCAGCUGAGCCACCUGCACACACACAUGCUCACCCACCAAGGUGCCCGUCCCCAUAAGUGCCAGGUGUGCCACAAGGCAUUCACUCAGACAAGUCACCUGAAGAGACACAUGAUGCAACACAGUGAUAUCAAGCCAUACAGUUGCAGUGUGUGUGCUCGAGGCUUCGCCUACCCUAGUGAGCUUAAGGCCCAUGAGCUUAAGCAUGAGAGGGGCCAAGAAAAUGUGUGUGUGGAGUGCGGCCUUGAUUUUCCAACACUUGCACAGCUGAAACGACAUUUGACAGUCCACCGCGGACCAGCACAGUACAACUGCAGUGAGUGUGGCAAGAGCUUCCAGUACCCAAGUCAGUUGCAAAACCACAUGAUGAAGCACAAGGACAUACGGCCGUUCAUCUGUAGUGAGUGUGGUAUGGAGUUUGUGCAGUCCCAUCACCUCAAGCAACACACCCUGACCCACAAGGGAGUGAAGGAGCAUAAGUGUCGCAUCUGUGGCCGGGAGUUCACCCUGCUGGCCAACAUGAAGCGCCACAUUUUGAUCCACACCAACAUCCGAGCCUACCAGUGCCACCUGUGCUACAAGAGCUUUGUCCAGAAGCAGACCCUCAAGGCUCACAUGAUUGUCCACUCAGACAUCAAGCCUUACAAAUGCAAGUUUGUAACUCAAGUGGAGCGAAAGCUAUGUGGGAAGGAGUUCAACAGAAUGCAUAAUCUGAUGGGCCACAUGCACUUGCAUUCAGACAGCAAACCUUUCAAGUGCCUGUAUUGCCCCAGCAAGUUCACUCUGAAAGGGAACCUGACCCGCCACAUGAAGGUCAAACACGGCAUCAUGGACCGAGGACUAGAUGCCCGAGUAUUCAGGCGCAGAGGACGGUUAUGUCUUUCCAGCCCUCUACGUCUCCUGUCUCGCUUCAGUCAGGACAAGCCUUUCGAUUUGUCCCAGAAGAGCCACCCCCAACUCCGCCUUUCUCAGUCAGAUGGUGAGAGCCGUGAGGAAGAUGAGGACAGUUUGUACAGGAUGAGCCAGUACAGCCCUGAUCGUUACCAGACAGAACUGGGUGGAGCCAGAGAGGCAGACGAUGAAGAUGAGGAGGAAGAGGAUGGGAUGGUCCAUGACGAAGAAGAGAGAAGAAGUUACAGAGCGAGUCAGCAAGGCUCAGUCUCUGAUGGAGAGCUCUACUGUAGUAGAACAUACCGGGAUAGAAAAUUAAGCUGUGAAUGAAGCCUUAUAAAAAUAUCUUUUAAAAAAGUGAAAUAAAUCUGUGAAACAGUCUUCAUUUCCAGUAAUAUUGUAGCAUGAAUGAAUCUGCUAAUAAAACAGCAUAUUAUUUAAAAUAAUUAAUAUAAUUUUCCCCCCAAAUGUUACUUAAUACAUAAUUUCUAACAGUGUGCAUGCUUUAACCUAUUGUAUAUUUUGUAAGAAGGAGAUAUAAUUUUUGAUGUAAGGAAAAAGUGACUUCAGAAAUGAAUGAUAAAUCAAUUUUUCAUGUACUGAUAUUUUCAUAACAUUUGAUAACAUGUUUUUUUUGAGAAAUAUCGUAAAUAAUUCUGAAAGUAAGCUGUUCUGAUUGUGGUUUUUUUUGUGUGAAAUGUCAACAUAAAUCCAAAUCUGUAUUUAUAAAUAAUAAAUAUGAUUUAAAAAA